AUGAUAAGAUCAUCAACCCUUAAGGUACCUCCUAUGUACCAACAACAGCAAUAAUAGAUCAGCAUCAAGCUUCAGUCAAUGACAAAAACCAAGAGAAUCAGGGAAAUCCCAUCUAGCUUUGCAGCCUUGAAAUAAACAGUAGAGGCUCAAAUCAAAGAUGAGAGAGAUAAGUCUCACAUCGUUGACCCAUCAUUCAGAGACUACAGUAUUAAAUACGUGGACGGAGAUUAAGAGCAAAUCAACGUCUCUGAUGAUGAAGACCUUCUCACAGCCUAUGAUGUGGCUUCGAAAGAACUUAAAGGAAACAUUAAGUUCUUUAUUGAACUUAAGAAGAUUCAGUCUCAACCACUCGUUCAAACACCUGUUUCUGAAAAAGAAAAGAAGCCGUUGAAAGAAAAGAAGGAAAAGAAAGACAAAAAGGAUAAGAAAUCUGAUGAAAAAGCUCUCAAAAAGAAGGCAGAAAAAGAGGCUUUAAAGGCCCUUCUUAAGAAGGCUAAACAUACAGUUGAGGAAGAGUAAAUUCAAUGUCAGCAAAGGUUAUGUGAAAGAGCCCAAACUUUAGUCUAACCACAAGUUCACAACUAAGGCGUUGAAGAUUCUGACUUUGAUGAAUCUGAAGAAGAAAAACUAACUCCUAAAUGCUAGAAAUAAUGCAAAAAGAACCAAGGAUUGCCACCUAGAAAAGCCUUGAAAGGAUUAAUCUUUAGAGAACUUGACAAAAUUGCUCCAUAAAUUUUUGGAGAAUUGAUGAAAUGCAAAGAACUUGGUUAGCAUGCAGCUCAUCAUGAGCAAAUAAACACAUCUACUCUUAUCCAGCAUCCAAAUGUUGCUUGUGAUGGAUGUGGAGUUGCUCCAAUUAUUGGAAUCAGAUACAAAUGCUGCGUCUGCAAUAACUUCGACUACUGUGAAGUGUGUGAAGAAAGACUUAAUCAUGAGCAUCCAUUCAUCAAGAUUUUAAGACCUGAAAAUGCUCCUAAGACUAUCAUUACAGCCAUUAACGAUGACAAUCCAGCCACUGAAGAAGUUCCUCAACAGGAGUAAACUCAAGAAUAAACACAUGGCCAUGAUCAUAGUCUCCAUGGACAUCAUGGACACCAUGGCCAUCAUGGACAUCAUGGACACCAUGGCCAUCAUGGACACCAUGAUCAUCAUGGAGGCAGAGGAGGAUGGAGACAUCACAUGAAACACGCUGCUUAAAAUCAGUAAUGGAGAUAAGUAGCAAAUCAUUGGAUUGACAUGGCAAAAGAAUACCUUAAUUCUGCUGAAGGAGAAGAGACAAAAGAAACUACUGAAGAAAACACUUGCUGGGGAUUCGGAAAAGAAAGAUCCAAGUGGUCUCAAAUAAGAGCUGUUAUCUUGAGCCAACCAACUGAAAUUUUAGAAGCUGAAGCUGGUUCAGUUAUCUAUGCUCCAAUUGAAAUUCAAAACCAAACCAAAUGGCCUUGGAAGAGAGGUUGCUUUAUUGGUCUCCUAGAUAGAAAUGCUAAGAGUGAACUCGUAGUAGGAGAUGUUCCCGUUGAUUUUGAAGUAAGAGGAUUGUAAACUUUCAAGUUAAACAUUCCCAUUCAAAUUCCAGUGAACAUCGACACUAGCAAUAGUGAUCUAUUUGAGUUGCAACUCGCAUUCUUCGGACCUAAAGGAAGCUCCUUUGGACAAGUGCUUAAUUUGAAGGUUAAGAUUAUUGACUCUGUUGCUUCUCAAGAGAAACUUUACAGAGCUGCUAUUACAAUGACUGAAGCUGGAAUAGCUAGCUUUGACGAAUGCGUUGAAGCUUUGAAGCAAUUUAAGGGAGAUGAAAAUGCUGCUUGCCAAUAUUUGAUUGAAAAAAUCCCAGGAUUCACUCCAAACUGA